AGAGCGUGCAGUCUAUUAGUGUGUGAGGUUUCUUUAGCUCAACCGUGUGUGUGACAGAGUGAAGGGGGUGGUAAAGGGUUGGCUGACCACCCUGGACCACCCCUUCCUGACUACAUAGCUGACAGGAAGUAUAGAAAGAAAAGGAGAAAAAGAGACGUAAAUUUUUCUUCCUCCUUUUCGGUUUUUGUGGAGUUUUAAAGAUUUAGUCCACCGUCAUCUGCAAAAAGCAUACAUUAUUCGGAAAGCGCACCAAAGAGAAAAAAACAAAGUGAAAGAGUGAAGCAAGAACAUGGAGGACAAUUUUUGCUGUAUACUGGGGCAUCUUGAGAGGGAUUAUUUGUGACGCUAAGGGAAGAAUGUUGAGAGUGAGGAGUGAAUGAUGAAAACAGCUGUUGGGGCACAGAACACGGAGCAUCCUGAGAGAUGAUCUAAAAACCAUUAAUUGGAUUCUUCUCGAAGUUCUGCUUGUCGUCAUUAUGCACUAUGCUCUCCGCCGGCCCUUCCACAGCACCUUCAGGCCUUUCCAAACCCUCUUCCCCAACCAUAUCUUCACCAAUUCAGGCAACUCUCAAUCCACAAACCUCUCCUCUUCCUCUUAGUCCUCCUUCUUCCUUGACUUCUACUCCAAACUUCCCAUUGGUUGAUAUCUCUGACAACCCAUCCCCUGACCCUGCCUCCCAUCCGCUUCCAACUUCACCCCCAAUCUCAUGUGUACAACAUUCCUCACCUCAACUUGACUCCAAACCCUCCCCACCCCCCGCCCAGAAACUCAUGCCUCCUCAGGUCCCAAAGCCACCCCUCCCAGCACAACUCCCCUCUGCUCCUCCUAAGAGCUCUUCCUCAGCCAUGCCUAGACCACCUCCACCUCCUGCCGUUAGACCCUCAUCUCCACCUCAACCCAGACCACCACCACCACCAGUAGUCCCAAAAUCACCAGUCCCCACAUCUCCAGUGAGCAAGCUCCAUAAACCUAUUCCUCCUGCUAUCAGCAUCCUGGAGAAACUGAUUAAGACAUGUCCAGUGUGGCUUCAACUGGGAAUGAAGCAGGACAGAGCCAUGCAUAUACUGAGCAAGGAGUUUCCUGGGAUCUUUUUAGUCAGGAGGGAUGCAAGUCAAAAAACGAUGGUACUUGCAGUAUGCCUUCCUGACCAGCUGGGGGAGCCGCAUGUCAAAGAACUGCCUAUAAAGGAAGAAAAAUCCUUGCUGUACCUUGAAGGGUCUGUGCUGGUGUUUGAGAAUAUUUUUAAACUUAUUGCUUUCUACUGUGUUAGCCGGGACAUCCUCCCUUUUCCACUGAAGUUACCUCAGGUGAUUCAAAAGGUAGCCAAAUACGAGGAUAUGGUGGUGAUCUCUUCACUAGGCUCAGAGUUCUGGAACUCAGCUCUAAAUUGUCAUGAGGAAGUGGAAAAUGUUGCUGGUAGCUGUGGUGCAUUGGAUAAGCAGGGAGAAAGCAGCUCCUGUGAAAUUCAGCUUUCCAUUGGCAGUGACCGGCUUUGGCAUGUCAACCCAAUUUUCAUUGAAGAAUGCAGCAACAGCUUGGCACCCACCUCUUCUACCCCUGUUUUGAGAACCCAGAGUCUCAACACACCAGUCCAGGCUCCGCCCAAAUAUAAAAGGCCACCCCCACUACGUCCUCGUCCACCCAGUGCACCUGAGUGUUCUCAACACUAUGCAUUAGCCACACCUUCAAAAGGGGAGUUCAAGGCAGUUCUCAGUUCUCCACCCCCUUCAGGCCAGAAAGGGGAAGGAAGUGACUGUGAGCAUGCAGACAGAGAACAAGAGAGACAGCGAACUCCUGCCCUAAGCACUGAGUGUGAAAAGCCCGCUCAGGGCAAAGAAGGAAAACGGCUUUCUAAUACGGCUUCACAUCAAGUUCCUCCAAUACCAACCCGAAGGAGGCUAUCUGAAAAACAAGCUUCAGAGGAACCAACGCAGCGGCAAGUCCACUGCAGCACCUCAACAGAAGCAGAGGGCAAUAUUCUGCAAGUACCUGUAGCAUCCCUCAUUUGCCUAGAUGACAGUAUGGAAGAAAGGGACAAGCCUAUGGACUCAGAGACUCAGCAAGUUCAGGAAGUGCUAGUGGAAGAAUCUAAGGUAACAAAUGAAGCUUCAGUGGUGACACGAGAGGUAGUACCUCAACCGAAGAAGACAAAUGUUCCAGUAGCGCCUCCCAGGAAGAAAAGACUAUCUCAGAAUCUUACCGGACAUGUCUCCCAAAGCUUUGUAAACUCACUUAGACCAAUCCCACAGGAGUCCAUUCUUCCUUUAAACUCAAGCAGCCCCAGUCCCAUCCGCCACUCGCUCUGCAUCAAUGCUGGUCAUCCAAAAGUCUCGGAUGUUUCACUGUACUCUCCUGAUGGUGGAGCUCCACCAGACCAUGACUCCUACUCAACCAGCAGCACAGAGGAGGAUGUGGAUACCAAUGUGGCGACAGGUAUUGUCAUCAAGAGGACCCCAACAAUUAUGUUAGACCGUGCCAAGCAACGACUUUCAAUGGUUUCAAUGGCAAACCUCUCCAAUGUCCUCACAGGCUUCAUGAACGCAGACCGUAAGUUGCAGAAGCGAAUUGUUGAACUGUCCCGGGAUGGAAACACAUACUUUGGGAACCUUGUUAAGGAUUAUCGAGCUUUCACUUUGGACACCAUGCGGAAACACACCUCCAGCACAGAGAUGCUCCAAGAGAUCAGGCAGAUGAUAACCCAACUGAAAAGCUAUCUGAUCCAGAGUGCAGAGCUGCAAAAUCUACAGGAGGCAGCUGGUUAUUCCGAUGAAAAACUGGAGAUCAUUACUGAAGCAGCACUUUGUAAAAGUGUCCUGAAACCCUUACGAGAGGCAGUGUAUAACAGACUGAAGGAUAUCCACUCCCGUACAGGAAAUUUGAAGAAACUAAAAGAAAACCAGCAAGUGGUCCAGGGGACGACCACCACAGACCUGGGGGUCAACACCAGUGUUCCUGAAAUGGCCGUUAUGGACAAAAUUCAAACAAAGCUUGGUAACAUGCACCAAGAAUAUUUGCCUCAGAAGAAGAUCGACUUGCUCCUCAAGACCUGCAAAAUCAUCUAUGAAUCCAUGUCUGUGGGCUGUCCAGGAAAAGCUUACGGGGCUGAUGACUUCUUGCCUGUGCUGAUGUAUGUCUUGGCACGCUGUAACAUCAGCGCUCUGCUGCUGGAUGUGGAGUACAUGAUGGAGCUAAUGGAUCCAGCACUGCAGCUCGGAGAGGGUUCGUAUUAUCUUACCACCACUUAUGGAGCUCUGGAGCAUAUUAAAAAUUUUGAUAAACAAGCUGUGACCAGACAGCUGAGUUUAGAGGUUCAAGACUCCAUCCACCGCUGGGAGCGCCGCCGCACCUUAAACAAAGCCAGAGCUUCACGCUCCUCUCUACAGGACUUCAUUAACGUGUCCUUCCUGGAGGCUGGAUCCAACACCAAGACCUUGGGAUUGCGUCCCAACACUACCGCUCAGGACCUGUGCAAUCAGUGUGCGGAGAAGUUUGAGGUGUUGGAUCCUGAGUCUUAUUGCCUUAGCAUGCUUGUGGAUGGCCAUUACAUGCCUUUGGCUCCUGAGGAGUAUCCUCUCACGAUCAAGUCCACUUUGCACCACAGUGAGCCACGUAAGGAGUAUUAUUUUGUCUACCGCCUCGGUCGCUGGCCUGAAAAAGAGUCUGUGGUCCAGACAUCAUCAACAGCAGCACCCGAAGAGAGUUUGAUAUGAACUUAUGCAUUUG